AUGUCCUUGCUCGCUGGCUUGCCAAUGACCGGCUAUACAUACAUCAAGGGCGUCGGCCGUCUUCUCGACGCGCUGAACCUACCCGACGUCGCCUCCACCGCCGCGGAGCCGCCGCUCGUCGACGCCCUCGUCAACGUCCGCCGGGAGGAGAAGUUUUUCGUCGACACGGCCGCGAGUUUCGGCAUCGAGGUGAAUCUGCCUGCCUCCCGCGCCGGCGUCGUCGAGCAAGACGAAAAGCUUAACGGCCUAAAGCGCGAGAGGCUUGCCAGGGACGGGCUGGACGCAUCUGCGGAUGGCAGUCGGGACGUGGACGGUGGUGCGUUGAGAAAGGAGUUCAUCCCAAGUUGGAGCAGCGAUGAGUUUAGAGUCUUCGUAGACGAGCUGGGAGCCAUCAUCGACCAAGGAUAUGAGGAGGCAGAGAAGAAGGGAGAGGAGGGCGUUGAGAGCUAUUUACAAGGGGCGCGCUGGGGGUUUGGAAGGAGCUCAUGCUUGCUGAGGAAACGUUCUGGCCUGCUCAGGACUGAGUGA